CUUCCUAAAGCAACUCCAGGCAGUUGAGGGGGAAAGCAGCAGCCGGCCCUCUGUCUUCUCUUUCUCCUCUCUGUCCCUGUCUGUCUCUCUCUUUCUCUCGCCUCUUCUCCUUUGUUUGUAUGGACUUUACUUUCUAGAGGGGAGAGGAUGGCAAAGCUGAGGAUGCAGCUGGUCUGCGCGCUGCUGCUGGCAUUCGCCUCGUGGAGCCUGUGCUCAGAUUCAGAAGAGGAAAUGAAAGCCAUAGAAGCAGAUUUAUUGACCAAUAUGUAUACAUCAAAGAUAAACAAGGCAAAGCUUCCUCCAUGGAAAAUGUCCCUUAUAAACAUUUGUGACCUUUUAAGCAACAUAAACAACCAAGAACAGGAAACAGGUGAGGCCACAGAAGAGGACCUCCUUUCCAGAAGACAAUUCCCUGAUACUCUUGAUGGCUUCAGUUUGGAAGCAAUGUUGACACUAUAUCAGCUUCAGAAAGUCUGCCAAAGCAGAACCUUUCAGCACUGGGAGUUACUUCAGCAAGAUAUUUAUGAUCCAGAGAAUUCAAGCCAAGAUAAAGACCUGAUGAAGAGAAAAACUCCUUACAUUCUGAAACGGCAAUUACAUGUGAACAAAGCCAGACGACCAUACAUACUGAAGAGAAAUUCAUAUUACUGACUCAGCAAUUAAAGUAGUGCUUAUUUAGUUUAUAAGUAACUGUGUUUGAUGGUUACCUUAU